AGGAGUUGGGUGUUUUGGCGGCUGUGGUCCUACCUCGCAAAUAGUUGCACGGAUUCCGGAUUCGGCCCUUGGACUGUAUCACGAAACUGGAAGGAAGGUAGUAAGCAUGAAGCGCAGUUCAGUUUCCACCGGUGGUGCCGGCCGCCUCUCCAUGCAGGAUUUAAGGUCUCAGGAUUUCAAUAAACAAGGCCUCCAUACCCCUCAAACCAAAGAGAAACCAACCUUUGGAAAGUUGAGUAUAAACAAACCGACAUCUGAAAGAAAAAUCUCUGUGUUUGGUAAAAGAACUAGUGGACAUGGCUCCCGGAAUAGUCAAUUUGGUAUAUUUUCCAGUUCUGAAAAAAUCAAGGACCCCCGGCCACUUAAUGACAAAGCAUUCAUUCAACAGUGUAUUCGACAACUCUGUGAGUUUCUUACAGAAAAUGGUUAUGCAUAUAGCGUAUCCAUGAAAUCUCUACAAGCUCCUUCUGUUAAAGACUUCCUAAAGAUCUUCACUUUUCUUUAUGGCUUCCUGUGCCCUUCGUAUGAACUUCCUGACACAAAGUUUGAAGAAGAGGUUCCAAGAAUCUUUAGAGAUCUUGGGUAUCCUUUUGCAUUAUCCAAAAGCUCCAUGUAUACAGUGGGAGCCCCUCAUACAUGGCCACACAUUGUGGCAGCCUUGGUUUGGCUAAUAGACUGCAUCAAGUUACAUAAUGCCAUGAAAGAAAGCUCACCUUUGUUUGAUGAUGGACAGCCUUGGGGAGAAGAAACUGAAGAUGGAAUUAUGCACAAUAAGUUGUUUUUGGACUACACCAUAAAAUGCUAUGAGAGUUUCAUGACUGGCGCUGACAGUUUUGAAGAGAUGAAUGCAGAGUUGCAGUCAAAGCUGAAGGAUUUAUUUAAUGUAGAUGCUUCUAAGCUGGAGUCACUAGCAGCAAAAAAUAAAGCAUUGAAUGAACAAAUUGCAAGAUUGGAACAAGAAAGAGAAAAAGAACCGAAUCGUCUAGAGUCAUUGCGAAAACUGAAAACUUCCUUACAAGCAGAUGUUCAAAAAUAUCAGGCAUACAUGAACAAUUUGGAGUCUCAUUCAGCAAUUCUUGACCAGAAAUUGAAUGGUCUUGAUGAAGAAAUUUCUAGAGUAGAACUAGAAUAUGAAACAAUGAAACAGGAGAAUACUCGCCUACAGAAUAUUGUUGAUAACCAGAAGUACUCAGUUGCAGACAUCGAGAGAAUAAAUCAUGAAAGAAAUGAAUUGCAGCAGACCAUUAAUAAAUUAACCAAAGACCUGGAGGCUGAACAACAGCAGCUGUGGAAUGAAGAGCUAAAAUAUGCCAGAGGCAAGGAGACGAUUGAAACACAAUUAUCAGAGUAUCAUAAGUUGGCCAGAAAAUUAAAACUUAUCCCUAAGGGUGCUGAAAAUUCCAAAGGUUAUGACUUUGAAAUUAAGUUUAAUCCUGAAGCUGGUGCCAACUGCCUUGUCAAAUACAGAGCUCAAGUUUAUGUACCACUCAAGGAACUCUUGAACCAAAAUGAAGAAGAAAUGAAUAAAGCUCUAAAUAAAAAAAUGGGGUUAGAAGAUACUUUAGAACAGUUAAAUACAAUGAUAACAGAAAGCAGGAGAGGUGUAAGAACUCUGAAAGAAGAAGUUCAAAAGCUGGAUGAUCUUUACCAACAAAAAGUUAAGGAAGCUGAAGAGGAGGACAAAAAGUGUGCCAGUGAGCUGGAGUCCUUGGAUAAACACAAACAUCUGCUAGAGAGUGCUGUUAAUGAGGGCCUCAGUGAAGCUAUAAAUGAAUUAGAUGCUAUUCAGCGAGAAUACCAACUAGUUGUGCAAACCACAACUGAAGAACGACGAAAAGUGGGAAAUAACUUGCAGCGUCUUUUAGAGAUGGUUGCUACACAUGUAGGGUCUGUGGAGAAACAUCUUGAGGUGCAGAUUGCUAAAGUUGAUAGAGAGUAUGAAGAAUAUGUGUCUGAAGAUCUCUUGGAAAAUAUUAGAGAGAUUGGAGACAAGUAUAAGAAGAAAGCUGCUCUAAUUAAGCCUUCUGAUGAAUGAAGACGAAAUAUUGAUUAUCUAAGCAAGAACUUUAUUAACUGUAAAUUUUUAAAUGUCCUUUGUAGGUGUGAAAAAUCUCUAACAUGUCCUAAACCCUUCCUUACAAUGAAGUCUUAAGACCGUAUCUUUCCAAGCCUGUAAAAUAUUUUUAUAUCUUUUAUAAAUCUAGUUCAUUAAAGUAUGUAUAACCUGAAA